AUGACACGGCUGCGCAAGAAAGCUUUCAUUGCACUUUUCUUAUUCACCCUCUUCAUCUUCGGGACCAUGAUGGGCCUCAGAACACUGAAACCCAGCGAUGGCUUCUCAGACCUGGCCCCGGGAAUGGGAGAGUUUGUGGGGGAAAGAGGAGGCGACCGGCGACGGCCAGUUUCAAACGACAUGGUAGUUUCCCCUGGUCAGUCCCAUCUAGCCAGCGACACCAAAGUCGUCUUCACAAAAUCCGACCGUGACUACAGUAUAUUCUACGACGUACAAAUCUUCUAUUACCUAUGGUACGGCAACCCACAGAUGGACGGUAAAUAUAUUCACUGGGACCAUGUUCUAGUACCGCACUGGGACCCUAAGAUCGCCGCCAGCCACGCCAAAGGAAGACACACUCCUCCGGAGGACAUAGCGUCGAGUUUCUACCCGGAGCUAGGACCAUACAGUUCCAGAGACCCCACCGUGCUGGAGUCACACAUGUCGCAGAUUGAAGCGGCUGCAGCAGGGGUACUGGUUCUGUCUUGGUACCCGCCUGGCAUUGCAGACAACCAUGGUGAGCCAUGUGAAGACCUGGUGCCUGCUGUCAUGGACGCUGCCCACAGACACAGCAUCAAGGUGGCGUUCCACAUCCAGCCGUACACGGGACGGACUGACCUCAGCAUGCACGAUAACAUCAAAUACAUCAUUGACAAGUACGGGAACCAUGGCGCCUUCUACCGCUUCAGGUCGACCACGGGGCGGAUCCUUCCUCUGUUCUAUGUCUACGACUCCUACCUGACCCCGCCUGAGGCCUGGGCCGACCUGCUCCACCCCGCCGGCGCCCACACCCUCCGCGGCACGCUCUACGACGGCGUCUUCCUCGCCCUGGUCGUAGAGGAACGCCACAAACACGACAUCCUGGCCGGUGGCUUCGACGGCAUGUAUACAUACUUCGCCUCCAACGGCUUCUCCUUCGGCUCCUCUCACCAGAACUGGAAGGCGGUCAAGGACUUCUGUGACGGUAACAACCUGCUGUUUGUGCCCAGCGCCGGGCCGGGAUACGUCGACACCGCAGUGAGGCCAUGGAACAACCACAACACGAGGAAUAGGGUCAACGGACGCUAUUAUGAGACCAGCCUACAGGCUGCGCUGUCGGUGCGGCCGGAGAUCGUGACCAUCACGUCGUUCAACGAGUGGCAUGAGGGGACACAGAUUGAGAAGGCGGUGCCCAGGAAGACGGUGACGCGGCUGUAUCUGGACUACCAGCCCCACCGGUCAGAUCUAUACCUGGAACUCACCAGGAAGUGGGCAGAACACUUCAACAAGGAGAAAGACAAGUGGCUCAUGUAGAGGACAGGAGUCCUGACUGGACUGGGUCGAUGGGAAUAAUACCUUUUGGGUGUGACUGGAGCAAGUAAAACUGAGGAGCUUUUCACACUACUGAGCUGAGCCAAACCAAGCUGUACUGAGCUGUCCUGGUUAGUGGUUACUAUCCACCAUAGUUGCUGGAACCUGCUGAAAAAAAAUGGAAAGAAAAUAGCACAGCCAACACAGUUUGGUUCAGCAUGGUAGUGAGAAAAGGGUAGGAGUGGCCUCAUUGCUGGGUAUUCUGGGUCCUUGUGAUUAUAAACCAUAUUUAUUUUGACAGUGAAGCAAAAAUUUGCCAAUUU